AUGGAUGCACAAAGACUGCUGAUGAACCACCUUUUUGGAAAUUGCUACUGGGGUUUUGGGGCUGAAACCAGUUUUCAACAGGAAGUCUCUGGUAUUAAUAUUGCAGAUACCCCACACAUCAGUAACUGGCUUGUUGAGUUACUAAAACCAAAAAUUCACCACCAGUCUUCUCAUCUCACAAAGGGAGAAAAAGUUAAGCAAAACUACCUGGGCACAAAGAAUGAGUUUGACAGCUUCUGCAACCGUUCCAAGCCCAAUGUUACCUAUCUCUCCAACAAAAAGAGAAACCACACCUCUUUUUCAGUGGACCUAGUUCUUACUAAAACACUAAGAAAUUUGGAGGCAAAAGCCAGCCUAGAAGCUGUCAGGAGGACACUGGCUCCUGGCCUUGAGGGCCCCGGGCCGGGGCCGGGCCGAGGGGCGGGGUGGGGGGGAGAGGAGGAGGAGGAGGGGAUUCCCGGGCUUGGGGGGAGGUUCACGUGUCUGGGGCCGCGACCCGUCACGCGCUGCCCGCCCCGGGGUUGCCGCGUCACCAAGUUCCUUAAAACGCUGGGACGGCGGCGCCUACACCUGACGAAGUCGGGGAAAGCAGCUAGAUGGCGGCGGCCGCCAAGCCAGGGUCAGAGCCCACGGGGGUGGCAGCGCUGGAACUGUGGCUUAGUGAGUACCGCGCGGCUACGGGAACUCCUGGAGGGGACGCCCUUCUUUCCAGCCCCCGCGCCAAGCGCCUGCCCUGCGCGGUGUCUCCGGACCUCGCUCCGCGCGCCUGACGCUCGGGGCUUGUGCCCACCCGAUAAAGCCACAGAUCCAAGCAUGCCUGAGGAGAACUGGUCAUGUAUCCAAUGCUUUUGUGACCAGGUGAAUUCGGACCCUGAUGGCAUAUCCCAUGCACCUUGGCUGUUGGCCCACAAGAUCCAGUCCCCUCAGGAGAUGGAAGCUCUUCAUGCCUUAACAGUGCUGGAGGUAUGCAUGAACUAUUGUGGAGAAAAAUUCCAUAGUGAGGUGGCCAAGUUCCGCUUCCUGAAUGAGCUGAUCAAAGUGCUUUCUCCAAAGUAUCUUGGAUGCUGGACCACAGAGAAAGUCAAAUCAAGAAUUAUUGAAAUAAUGUUCAGUUGGACAGUUUGGUUUCCCAAGGACAUCAAAAUAAGAGAUGCUUAUCAGAUGCUGAAGAAACAAGGAAUCAUUAAGCAAGACCCCAAAUUACCAGUGGACAAAAUCUUACCCCCACCUUCUCCCAGGCCCAAGAGCUCCAUUUUUGAUGCUGAUGAAGAAAAAUCAAAGCUCCUGACAAAGCUACUGAAAAGUAACCACCCUGAAGAUUUACAAGCAGCCAACAGACUGAUCAAGACCCUCAUCAAGGAGGAACAAGAGAAAUCUGAGAAAGUGUCCAAGAGACUCAGCACCAUACAGGAAGUCCACAGCAGUGUAAAACUGAUGAAGGAGAUGUUGAACAACCAUCAGGGCCCAAAUCUGGAGCAGCUGGACCUGAAGACCCUACAGGGCCUGUAUGAGAAAUGUGAAAAACUGAGGCCCACCCUGUUCCGGCUUGCCAGUGACACUGUGGAUGAUGACGUGGCCCUAGCGGAGAUUCUCCAGGCCAAUGACAGGCUCUCUCAAGGUGUUCUCCUAUAUAAGCAGGUGGUGGAGGGCCAAGGUAGUUGUGGGAACAUGGUGGCCAGCACAGUCACCAGCAGCACCCACGGAGACCUGCCUGCCUCCCAAGCCUUGCAGGCUAAGGCUGGCAGCGUCAAAAGCUACUCCCUGAUUGACUUUUCUGACCUGGACUCUGAAUCUGGUCCCCAGCAGGGUGAGCCCACAUCGUUGAGUCUUCUGGAUGAACAACUGGCUACUUUAGGGCUCAGUGAUGCCCCAGUCACAUGCAAGACGUCCUCAGACUUCGAUGCUCUUCAGGUUGCCACAGAGAAUGGUUGCCAGGAAGAGGGGAACUUCUUCAGUACAACGGCCCAGAAGCACUUGCCUGGCAGGACUGCUCAGACAAAUGGAACCCAAGGAAGCUCUCAGGAAAAGUUGUUGGGCUUGUCUGCUCCCCAGACUUCUUUUAUCCCUGACCUAUCAAGCACAUUGAAUUUACUUCAUCAGAAAACACUCUCAAAAGAUUCACCAGUGGGUACCAAUUCUUUUCCAGAACAGUCUUGGGAGAUAAGAACAGGAGAUACUCCUUCCCAACCAGCACUCCUGAAUCAAUCUCUAAGUCAACUUUUUGUUCCACUAGAAUCAAUUAAGCCCAGUGACCUGCCUCCCAUCACCGUGUAUGAUCGAAAUGGUUUCAAAGUCUUGCUCCAUUUUUCCCAGGCUGGAGUCCCGGGUUUCCCCGAGGUACAGGUACUGUUGCUGUCUAUGCUGAGCACAGCACCACAGCCUGUCUCGGACAUUGUGUUUCAGGUGGCUGUGCCAAAGGCAAUGAAAGUGAAACUGCAGCCAGCUUCCAGUUCUAAGCUUCCUGCAUUUAGUCCACUGCUGCCACCCACUGUAAUCUCUCAAGUUCUCCUGCUUGCAAAUCCACACAAAGAUCUUGUCAGGCUAAGGUACAAGUUGACAUUCACUCAAGGUGGGAAACCUUUCAGCGAAGUUGGAGAAGUGAGUGAUUUUCCAGAUCCAGCUCUCUGGAGUACAGUCUAACCCCAGGAUGGACUCUCUUGGAUCAAGCCAUCAACUUCUCUUUGUUGAUCAUUUUUGCCCAGGAUUGAACAUUGUGAUAUUAAGUAUAUGGGAAGAUAUUGCUAUUUGGAUGGCAUAAGAGCCAUGUGGGAAAUAGCAUCUAGCAUUACCUAGUCUGCAAUCUUCAUCUCUGAUGUCUGCAUGGUGAUGGACUUCCCUGGUAUCACUGGAUUUUAUAAGCCAAAGCUUACAGCAAAUGCCCAUGUUUCAGGGAAUGAUCUUUUAUGAAUGUUGCCUCAUCAGGCUCACCUUUGUGCCUUGUCCUCCCUCAGCUGUGUUGGGGCUCUCAGGCUGCUCCAUUCUCAGAAGCCUUGGUGACAUUUGGUUGGUCCUGGGUGCCUCUUUGUGUAGGAGAUCUUCCUGACAUCUUUAAAGAGAAUCUUUGUCUCCAUUUUUAUAUAGACUGCUUACGAUUGAUUGAAGAAAUGUUCCAAAUGGAAUGCUCAUUGCACAUGCCUCAGUAACUAGCUUCUACCCUUAGUGUCUUCCAACAUUUUGCCUUAUACUUGCCCAUGAUGGACUGUCUUCAGGUAAACGAGAAGAAGAAAGUAAUCUCCAAGUCUCAUUUAGGUCUUCAGAGUUUUUGCCUAGAACCUCUAGGUCCCUUUUCAUCCUCAGUGAAAGCUUUUUUUCCACUUGCUUAUUUGAUUGUACUAUUCUAGGCAUUGUUCAACAAGUUAGAUAAGACUUGGUUCUUAUUUUUAGUGGUUUAUUGACGUGGGAAGAUAUAAAAGGUACAUAAAAUUUGACUAUGUAAAGCAUUUGCAUUGAAUAAAUAAAACAGGAAAAAAUUAUUUUGUGGUGGUGAUAUGAAGGGGAAUGCAUUUUUGGGGUAUGUCUUCUAGAGAAAGUGAAGCAAUCAAAGAAAGGAGAUUUUAAUAGCUAUUGAAUCAAGGAAGAGGGUCAACUGGGUAGACUAGAAGGAGGCAGUCAAGAUGGAGAAGAAAGAAGUAUAGUUUAGCUAUCCCAAUAUAAUCCCUCCAGAUUUAUGUAAAAGAACGCUACCCACAUUCAGAGGAAGAACUACAGGAGUGGAAACACAGAAGAAAAA